AUGACUGAAGAUUUACAGUAUAUUAAUGGGUUUGCACAUUGGCAGCCAGAUGAAGAUAUUAGAAAUUGUUUAAACUGUUCAACUAAGUUUUCCUUUUUGAUAAGGAAACAUCACUGUAGAAGUUGUGGUGGGAUAUUUUGUGCAUCUUGUAGUGAUUAUUUUGUUAGGUAUGAUACUGACAGAGUUAAAGUUGUGAAGAGAUGGCCUGCGGAGGAAGAAUAUGCACCUUAUAGAACUUGUGAUUCAUGUUAUAAGAAUUUGUUGGGAUUAGGCCUCUUGAAAGGUCGUUAUAGAAAUUCAUUGAAUAAUGUUGAUUCUAACAGCAGCACUGAAGAUGUAGAUGAUACGAAUGAAAUACCUGACCCAAUACAAUCAGAGGAGUCUUCUGUUAGAAUAUCCGAAGAAGUUGUUGAUACAAAUAAGAAUAAUAGGAACCAAAAUGAAAAUACGACUGUUAGAGAUAAUAACAACGAUAUUGUUGAUGGUGAUGGUGUAUCAGAUACUGUACGACAAGAUUAUAGUGAGGAAUCUCAUUGCCCAAUAUGUAACUUAUAUCUGGUAGAUUUUAAGUUAGAAUCUGAUGCGACUAAGCAUGUUGAGAUAUGUGUUGAGAAUGCUGCAAAUAUGCAACAACAUUUAAGUAGCGCAGAAUCAACUGAGAAUACACCAAGUAAUCACAAGUCCAGAAUGCUUGUGUAUCAAAUACCUGAAUCUGAGGGUUCGAAUGAUGAAAAUGUUGAAUACGCUGAAUGUCCUAUUUGUUUUGAAGACAUGGUUCCUGGCGACAAGGUGGGUAGGCUAGAGUGUUUAUGUGUAUUCCAUUAUAAUUGUAUCAAAUCCUGGUUUAAAAAGAAGUCUAAGCAAAUGAAAACAAAAGAUCCAAAAGCUGUUUUAAAGAACUUCUGUCCGCUGCAUGAUGCAGUAUUCUAA